UGAGGAACUCAGAAACUACUUUAGAUAGUCAAGAGCUUUAUUAACAACAGCUACUGAGUUAACUUACCAGGACUUUGGUAGUUUGAAUUUGUCUUUUUGUUAAAUAUACUUACAUAUAUAUGUAUGUAUGUAUACAGAGGGAUUCACUGCUGAGUUGGGAGCUUGUUUCAGUGAGCACCACAAUUAGAAGUAAGUACACUUUAUACGAGUUUUCUUUGAACUUGGUUUAGUUAAUGUACUAAACCUAGACAGUUUGCUAUGCCUCCACAUCCCACUUUUAACAACUUCUCCUUAGAUCUCCUCAUGGGUAAUAAAAAAUGCAGUAAGAGAUCAUUAAUUGCUGAUAUUGUACUGUAAAUAUUGACAGAAAAAGUGGAGCAGAUUUGAACACCUUGUAUGACCCUAUAUUAUUCAUGUAAUGUGUGUACCAAAGACGAGAGAAUAGACAGUGCACACAAACCUGCAUACUAUAUAAGAAAAUACUAACCUCUGAACUGCUGUUAAAUAGACACAUGCAUGGGGAGUUACUUUUUUGGUUUCACUUUCCACAGUGGUAUCCCAAUAGGCAAUGUAAUGUUGUCUGGGACAUUUAGUGCUGGUUUCACAGACCCGGAUUAACACUAGUCUUGGACUGGUAACAUCAGGUAGUCCAGGCUUAGUGCUGUUAGGAUCUGUGAAACCAGCCAUGAAAUAAUCUAUUAUGAAUUAAAAAAAACAGGCAUUAAUUCCAGUUUCACACUGAGUAGAGAUGAAUCAGUUCAAAAUCCAAAAAAGUGUCAUAUUUUAUCAAAAUGUCACAAAGAAAACAUGUGAAGCUUUACAUUUUACACACUUUUAUUUAUUACACUUACUAUAAAAAAUAUUUGUUUCUUGGUUUACAAAAUGAACACAAUAGGGUAAUAACAGGUGAAAUCAGGUUUAACCAUAAUUUUUAUCGGGUUUAACACCAAAAUCAGAACCCCUAAUUAUUAACUGAAUACUUUGCUAAAUCUUCAUGUUACCGCAGUGUAGUUUCUGCAGAAUGAUUUUGACGAUGGUGCUCGCAGGAAAACAUGCAUCUUUAUUUCAUUAAGUUUUCAUCAUACCAUUUUAUUAAUGAUAUGUUAUAAAUAAUGACCAUAAAAUUUAUGGCAAGCAUAAAAACAUUUUAUAUCAUGCAACAGAGAAAAAUACAUGUUUUUUUGUAUUCUAUUAUAAAUACCUAGUGUAGGUUAAAUUUAAUCUUAACAUUGAACCCAGUGUGCCCUGGGCUGGAUAGGGUUAACCGAUAAGAAUUAGUAAGAACACAACAUAAUUGUAAUAGUUUCCGUUAUGCUAUAAUCAGAUGUGAACUUUGGGCAAUGUGUAUUUUUUGUUUUUUUGUAGCUUGUCAAUACAAAUUUAAUAUUAAAGAACUUUUCAGAAAAAUGUUUUAACUCAAGGUAUGCAACUGUUUGUGUAUAAAAAAGAUAUCCUUUAAAAUCCUUACAUGUCUUGGGAAACUAAACAUAGCAUCAAUAUUCAAAAUUAAAUAUAGGUAUUAAAAUUCAAUUAGAUACCAGGAGAUGUCAAGGGCUAGAUGUGAAUUUAGUGUAAUUUCAAGCCAUGCCCGUGUGAAUAUUGGAAUCAAUAGUACCAGGACAUCACGCUUCUUAGUAUAAGUUUUUUGCUUUACAGACUAGGAUCUGGGUGACUGGUAAUCGUACACCAUGGAUCUUAGUAUGCUUCACGAAAUCGAUGAGGAUCUGGACUCGGAAGAGGUCGCAGCUUUGAAAUUUUUGUGCCUUGAUCACAUCCCGAAAAAGAAGCAGGAGACCAUAAGAGAUGCCAAAGACUUGUUUAUCAGACUGAAGGAGCAGGGACAGCUGGGGGAUGAUGACCAAGACAUUGUCCCUGAGCUCCUCUACACAAUUAGGAGAUUCGACCUGCUGAAACUGUGUGGAACGUCCAAACAAGAGGUUCAAAACAGACUUGAUACGUCCGGAAAGAUAACUGAAUACAGGAAAAUGCUCUAUGGCAUUUCUGAAAAUGUAACUACAAAUGAAGUGAAGGCAAUCAAAUUCUUGCUGAUUGAAGAGCUCCGCAGGUCCACAUUGGAAGAAAACGCAACUAUACUGGAAGUGUUUGCGGAAAUGGAGAAGAUGGAGCUAUUAGGAGAAGACGAUCUGAAUAGGUUACAAUAUGUCUGUGGUAAAACCAACAAAGACUUAGUCCAAAGGAUUGAGGAGUAUAAACAGAAACAAGCUGCAAGGAACCAGACUCCCUAUCCCUUUGACAUGGGCCGAAGUGCAGCUUUAGUUCCUCCUAGCGCCUCCAGAGAAGAUCACACCAGACAGGCUCCACAGCACUCCCAGCAGUUUGGAGAUCAUGCACGUGACUUACCGGCCCAGCGAUCUUCACAAAACAGUGAAGUCCCCCGGAGUCUCAGCCUUGAUGCUUGGCCUGUGUCUGUAGUACCUGUGGACAACACGCUUGCAGUUUAUAAAAUGACUACCAAGCCCAGGGGCUAUUGUGUGAUAAUAAACAACAAGGACUUUGAAAGAGCAAGGCUGAAAUUUCCUUCACGACCUUUGAAAGACAGAAAAGGCACAGAUAUCGAUGCUGAGUAUCUGACAAAGGUAUUCAAGUGGUUGCAUUUUGAAGUAGUGCAGUACGAUGACCAGACAGCAGAGGAAAUCCAUUCCACUAUGGAGAGGUACCGCAAGAAGGACCACAGUAGCAGGGACUGCUUUGUCUGCUGCAUCCUCUCCCAUGGAUUGAAGGGAGCCAUUGAGGGCACAGACGGGUGUUCUGUCCCCAUUCGGGAAAUAACCUCCUAUUUUACUGGGAAAAGGUGCCCCUCUCUUACGAAAAAGCCAAAGGUCUUUUUCAUCCAAGCUUGCCAGGGGCAAAAAAUCCAAAUGGCUGUGAAAAUCCAUGCAGACGGUGAAGGUCCUGCUUCACAACCGGAAACUGAACCAGAGCCUGAAGCAGAUGCAGGCCCAGUACAGGUGGACACCAUCCCCAACGAUUCAGACUUCCUCCUUGGCAUGGCUACAAUGGAGGAUUACUUAUCCUACAGAAGCGUCUCCAAAGGUGCCUUCUACAUACAGGCCCUGUGCAGGAAUCUGGAGCAGCUCUGCCCCAGGAAUGAAGACAUUCUGAGCAUCCUGACCAUAGUGAACAGAGAAGUGAGCAGCGAAAACUUUAUGAACUACAAGCAGAUGCCAGAGCCAAGAUAUACCCUGACGAAAAAACUCCUCUUCCCUACGUCUUGAGUGUGAAAACAAAGCUGAAAAGAAGCAAACAUAAAAAUGUACAAAAAAAGGUGCUGUGAUGAUGCGAGGAACAGCUGUAUAUAUUUAUAUAUGUACAGAGCAAUUGUUUAUGUUGACUUCACAAAAAGGUGACACAUUAGUCCAGUUAUUAAAAUAACUGUACUUAGAAACCCACAUAAAUAAUGUCAUUUAAAAUAUAUAUAUUGCUGUAGACAAGCUGUGAAGUGCUUCCUGGUACUGUAUCUCUAUUCAUAGCACGCUAUGUGUACUGUUUUGAAAAAUGUGCAAAGGCAAAGGCACAUCUUCUGAGAGGAAUAAAACAACAUUUUAACUGUAUACAACUUGCAAGAAACAACUUAGUAGCAAUUAAAUUACUGUUGUAACAGGUUUCUUUACAGUCUUCAACUGUACAAAACAAUAUUGUAUUCCUUUCUGCUAAUUUGGUUUAAUAAAACUGAAUUCAGUCA